GUCUGGCAAUAUCGAUAAAAAGCAAACGAGCAGGUUCGAUAAAUGAGUUCGAUAACCACACGGGAGAAUCGAGUACAAGUGCAAUGCAUUUUCUCAUAAACAAACGCAGUGGAGCACAAUAUUAUUAUUAAAUUGUGAAUAAGAAAAUUAAAAGUUCAGCAAAUAUGGCAUUUCUGUGCCCUGUACGCAUGCGGCGCGACAAAAAGAAAGCCACAAAUGCGAACAUCGAACGUGAUUUGGCGCCCGUUGGCAUGGGCCGCAUAACAGGCUCGUCGAGUAUAGAGACGCUGGUGCGUGUGGGCAUAGAAAAGGAACAUGGACUGAGUCCCGACUCCAAGAUGGUUGUGCUGCACGACUUUACGCCCUGCGUGGACGAUGAGCUGGAGGUGAAGCGCGGGCAGUUAGUAAAUAUACUGUAUCGCGAGAACGAUUGGGUAUAUGUUAUAGGACAAGACUCUCGCCAGGAGGGCUUCAUACCCUUCUCCUACUGCGCGCCAUACAACACGCAGCUUGCCGAGCUGGCCAUCAAAAAGAAACUGCCACGCGAUCAAUGCCCCGAACAGCCGCACGACGAGAACCAGCCACUGCUGAGCGUGGACAACAAGCUGGACGUGCUGUGCGACGAGGCGACUAACGCCGCAGCUAGCAAUGUGGAUGGCAAUCUGCAUGUGACGAUGCCGGAGUGCACGCCCUUCAUCAAGGAGCCGUCGGGUCGCUGCAUUGUGCUCUACACGUUCAUAGCGCGCGACGAGAACGAUUUGUCCGUGGAGCGGGGCGAAUUUGUGACGGUGCUGAAUCGUGAGGAUCCCGACUGGUUCUGGAUAAUGCGCAGCGAUGGCCAGGAGGGUUUUGUGCCGGCCAACUUUAUCUAUCCCGCCGACAGUGUGCGAGUGCUGCAGCAGCAGAAGGCGGCGAACGGGACAACAGCUCCGCUCAACGAGAGCAAUAUGCAGCAUCAUGCGAAUCUAACAGGUGGCAGCCUGAAUGCCAUGGAGAGCAUGUUGCAGCAGCAGGGCCAGCAGGCACAACAGGUGCAGCAGGCACAGCAACAGGUGCAACAACAGCAACAGCAGCAGCAGCAACAACAACAACAACAACAAUUGGGCAUUGGCACCGAUGAUUUGCGCUAUCAUGGCACCGAGCUAGUGAUGCUCUAUGACUACAAGGCACAGGCGCCCGACGAUUUGUCCGUGCGUCGUGGCGAUUGGAUCUAUGCGGAUCUGAACAAUCAAACCGUCGACGGCUGGCUCUGGGCAUAUGCGCCCAAGACGCGCAAAUAUGGGUUCAUACCGAAAGCCUACGCCAGGCCGCCAGCCAUGACGAGCCUCUGAGCUGGCCAGCUAAUAGUUAUAAACAGUUUAUUUAUAGAUUUUAAAACAAUUUUUAAUUAUCAUUAUUAUUGUAAAUUAUAUUGUGCUAAUGCUAAGUUUUAAUGUUCAGCGGAUAAAAACCCGCAUCCAUUUGUAUAUGUAUACAUAUAUAUAUAUUUAUAUUUAUAUAUUUAGUAUACAUGUUUAAAAAAAUAUUUGUAUUUCUUUCUUAGAGUGCAUUGAUAUGAUUUUUGACAGGAUUUUUAAAACUGAAAAGAAAUCUGAACUCUCCUUUGGUUCCUUAUUUAUGGAGCAUUAAAGAAAUAUGUUAUUAACGUAUGUUAAUGCUAUGAUUUUUGAAAGGAUUAUGCUUAUAGAUUAUAUUAAACUGAAAAGAUAGAUAGAGUUAUCAUUGGUAUAUUAAAAUAUAUAAUAUGAUAAUGUUAUAAUUUUUAAAAAGAUUUUUUGUAUAGUUGUGAAAAGAAGAAGAUAUAUAAUAUGCUGAAACCUUUUCUUGUCUGGAAUAUUAAAUAAAAGUGUUAUGCACUUGGGCAAUAUUUUGGCUUA